AACAUAGCCGCCAUGACAGCUGAUGCCUCUCGGUGCACUUGACGUUUCAUCAGAACAUGUCAUUUUGUACAUUUAAUUUCAACAAAUGGCAGACUCUUUUUUCGGUUUCGACACAACGCUCUUAGAUGGUAUAGAAGAUGGGCUUGAUUGCCCAUUGGAGGAGGAUGAUUUUGGUGAGGAGGAAUAUGAUGCAUUAAACGAUGAAACCUUUGGUUCUGAAGCUACCAUUGGAGAUUGGGAGAAAGAUCAUGAGAAACUUGCAGAAAUUACAGAGUCUAGUAGGUCGCAGCAUAAAAAUGCUUCUGAUAAAAAGAAUGGUAUCAGUGUCAACAUCGAAGAUAGUUUAUCGCAUUUAGUAUUAGAUGAGAAAGAAGGAAUUGUACCUAAACCAGGUGUAUGGGAUAGUCCUAAUAUACCAUUACCCAAACCUCGACCACCCCCUUCUUUGGCAACUACCUUAAAAAAUGUAUGUACAGUGGAAGAACUGGAACGGGGUCUUAUCGCUAAUAGACCCCCACCUGGUCUUACAAAACCAUCUCAACUGCAACAACAAAAGCCAGAGGGGUCAUUUAUUUUUGAAGCUUUAUCAUUAAAUGACAAGCUUCAAAUCAAUGGCCUACCUACUUCUCGAUUUCCACCAGGAUUAGGUUUACCUGGUCCACAUCCUAUGGUUAUGCCACCAAAUUUAAGAUUACCGCAUUCACAAUUUAUGCAACAUCCUAGAUUAUUAUCUAAUCAACCUGCUAAUGUAUUGCGGUAUCCUUUACCACCACAUGUUAUGCUACCGCAAGGAGCACAAAGACAACCAAUUCAUGGACCAUUUACUAGUAAUUUUCAUCAUCCACCUCAUCCUAAUUUAGGACCUCCACAGUUCCUUCGUCAAGAUCAUCCAAUGAUGCCACCAUUUUCUAGUAAUCAAGCUGGUCACCAACAACAUUCUUUUCCACAUCCUGGGAAUCAAAGAAACCAAAAUAGAUUAUUUUAUUCCAAUGAACAACAAGGAAAUCAUCAGCCAUUUUUUAAGAAUAAUCAAUAUCUUCAUCGUAAUCACGAUAGAAAUAAUCAAAGAUAUUAUCACUAUCAACAUCACAAUCAUCCUCAAGGAAUAAAUGGUUUAAAUAAUUCUGGAGAAUAUGACGAGUAUGCUGGUCUUAUGAGUAGCAGAGAAAAACAAUGGUUGAUCAAUAUUCAAUUGCUACAAUUAAAUACAAAUCAACCAUAUGUUGAUGAUUAUUAUUAUACGGUAUUUUGUGAUAGACAAAAUAAACUAAAUGCAAACCAAGAUCAGAAAGAUAAAAAACAUAAUAAUAACAAUGGAUUUCAAAAAGAUUCUAGAAAUCGCGAACAACCUCAACAUGUUGCAUCAAAAGUUGUAUAUAUCCCAGCACAAUUUGAGAAUUCAUUAGGGAAGCUGCAAUUUAGUAGUGUUACGGCGCCUCGUAAAAUUAUCGAUAUGGAUGUUGUUCCCAAUAGUGAUCCACAUUCAACUCUGCAAUCUCAACAAAAAGACACCAAAAAGACGAGACAAUUGUUUCUUGAAAUUGAAAGGAUGUAUACAAUACUGUUGAAAAUUGAAGAUUUAAAUAAUCCCUUAGCUGUGCUUUCGGAACAACAACAACAGGAUAGUGAAACAGAAACAAACAUUGUUAAAAAAACAGGUGCUGAACUAAUCUGCAUGAUGUUAACGUCUAUUUCCCAGCUAAUACAAGAUGACAAAAUAGCUAGUAUGCUUAGUAUUCGUAAAGGAAAAACAUUGCUAUUGAGAUUUUUACCUCUUUUAAAUGUAAUCGAAUACAAUAGCCAGUUGGAAGGUUUAUGGACCUGUAUAUUGAGAAGUUUAGCAAUUAUAGGUCGUAGAGAUACACAUUUAUUGACAAAUUUUUAUGCCGAGUUUCGAAGGUGGCUUGACACUGUACAGGAUUUUAAUACAGUACUACGACUUACAAGAGCAUUAUCCGAAUCUGCUACUCAACCUGUGAAAAAUAAUAGUUUAGUUUUUGCUCUCGUGAACAAGUUUGGUGUAUCUGUAUUAGCCGCACUUUUGGAACGCGCAGAGAAGUUAUAUCCUACAAAUGAAACUUUAUCUUCUGAUUGGUCCAAUUUUAUAAUAACUCUUGUUGAACUAAUUGGUGAUACAUCACCUUGUGUAGCUCCCUGUCAACCAGUUGCUGCAAGUACACUUAAUCAACAUUUAAGUCGGAUUUCCAGUUUAAAAAUUGACAGGUACAGAGUGUUAGAACUUUUGUUAACUGAUGCCAACUCUUCACGAUAGUGUGAUAUUACUUGUUUUUGACGAUUUUUUAAAAGUUUGUUUUUCAAAAUGCAAAAAGUAAUAUAGACUUGCAAAAUAUUUUAUUAUUCUAGUUAAUAAUCUUAUUAAGGUAUCCAUUACCUAUGAAUAUAUUCGAAAUAUACUGGGUACUAUAGUUUUACAUGAUAGAAAAUAAUUUUAUAUGGGAAAUAUUAAGCGAUAUAACAAUUUAACCUUUAUCUUAGAUUUUGAUCUAAUAAUUUUGAAUUUUGUAUCUUUAUACUGCAUGUAACUUUGUUCAUUAAUUGCAAAAGAAAAUAUUGUUGUAAUUUUUGUAAUAUUUCAACUGAACUAUAAUAAGAAUAGCAAAUAAUAUAACUUCAACUUCUAUGAUUUCUAUUAUUAGUUUCUUCUUAUCUGUCAAAAAGCUACAUGUAAAACUGGUAUCUAGUGUGAUCCAUAUUGCACACCCUAUCUUCCUAUAGUAAUCAUUCUAUAUUAUUUAUGACAACAAAUAUUUUGUGAUUUAUUCAAAUAAUAAGUAAUACGAAAUCACAAGUACAAAUAUCAUUGGUAUAACAUUUAAUAAUUUAUUAAGUUGUAACAAAUAAGUUCGGUUGUAAAUAUAUAAACAUGUUCUAAUUAUAAUAAGUGAAUACAACCAAACUUAUUUGUAUUAUGAUUCAAUAUAUUUGCAUAUCAAUAUAUUUUGUGAAGUUGAAUCAUAAAGUAAUAACUAUUUCUUUU